AUGGCUAAGGCUUUCUCUGAGUUUCGGCCACUGGACGAGACAUCCCUCAUAGACUACAUAAAAUCUGUACCCUCUCUCUGUUCCAAGCUCCACAACAACCUCAACGGCUUGGAAAUCAAAGAAGUAGGAGAUGGCAACCUCAACUUCGUCUUCAUCGUCGUUGGUUCUUCUGGUUCUUUUGUCAUCAAGCAGGCUCUUACAUACGUGCGUAGCAUAGGCGAGGCAUGGCCAAUGUCAAAAGACCGAGCCUAUUUUGAAGCAGCGGCGCUGAAAAAACACGGUCAUUUGUGUCCCGGCCACGUGCCUGAAGUUUAUCAUUUUGAUCACACUAUGUCGUUGAUUGCAAUGCGUUACUUGAAGCCUCCGCAUAUCAUUCUGAGAAAAGGGUUGGUUGCUGGGAUUGAGUACCCUCUGCUGGCGGACGACAUGUCGGAUUAUAUGUCGAAGACUCUGUUUUACACUUCCCUCAUUUACAAUUCCACAACAGAGCACAAACAAGGUGUUGCUGAGUUUUGUGGGAAUGUGGAGAUGUGCAGGCUCACCGAGCAGGUCGUUUUUUCUGAUCCUUACAAAGUUUCUGAAUAUAAUCGAUGGACCUCUCCUUAUCUUGAUUCUGAUGCUGCGGCUCUGAGGGAAGAUGAGGCUUUGAAGAUUGAGGUUGCUGAGUUGAAAUCUCUCUUCUGUGAGAGAGCCCAAGCUCUGAUACAUGGAGAUCUUCAUACCAGUUCCGUAAUGGUGACCCAAGAAUCAACCCAAGUUAUAGACUCUGAAUUUGCAUUUUAUGGGCCAAUGGGUUUUGAUGUUGGUGCUUUUUUGGGCAACUUGAUUUUGGCUUUUUGUGCACAAGAUGGGCACGCGGAUGAAAAGAAUGAUAGAGAAGCAUACAAAGGUUGGAUUUUGAGGACAAUUGAGAACACUUGGAAUCUUUUUCAGAACAAGUUUAUAGCUCUGUGGGAUCAGCACAAAGAUGGUUCUGGUGAGGCCUAUCUGCCUGCGAUUUACAACAGCUCUGAGAUUCAGCAGCUUGUGCAGAAGAAAUUUAUGGAAGAUUUGUUUCAUGACACCCUGGGAUUUGGUGCUGCCAAGAUGAUAAGGAGAAUUGUUGGAGUGGCGCAUGUUGAGGAUUUUGAGGCGAUCAGUGAUGCUAGCAAACGGGCGGGUUGCGAGCGAAGGGCUCUUCAGUUGGCAAAGCUGCUUCUCAGUGAGAGGCGAAAAUUUCAGAACAUUGCUCAAGUUGUUUCAGCCAUUAAACAAGGCAAAUAA